AGGCGCCCGCGUGCGGAGCUCAAUUUAUUUCUAGGUUCCUUUCACGCCGAAAUUUCGCUUCCGAGCCGGGAGGCUGCUUUCACAGAUCCGAGUGUGUUUUCCUGUAAAAGCUAGGCCUAAAUUAUAUAGAUCUGUGAUUGAAGAUGUUAUUAAUGAUGUACGAGACAUCUUUCUGGAUGAUGGAGUGGAUGAACAAGUCCUGAUGGAACUAAAAACUUACACUAUUGGAAGGAUGCUGGAAUUGUCACUAGCAUGUAGUCAUCUGAGAGGAUCUUGGAGAAGCCUGUGAAUUAGCAGUAUCCCAAGAGCAGUUCCUGGCGUUAAAAGCAUUGUGGGAGAAUAAAUUAAUGCAGUCUAGGGCAGUAGAUGGAUUUCAUUCAGAAGAGCAGCAGCUUUUGUUGCAAGUUCAGCAGCAACAUCAACCCCAACAGCAGCAGCAUCACCACCACCACCACCACCAGCAAGCGCAACCUCAGCAAACGGUACCUCAGCAAGCACAGACCCAACAGGUCCUUAUUCCUGCAUCACAGCAAGCUACAGCACCACAAGUUAUUGUUCCUGAUUCUAAGUUGAUACAGCAUAUGAAUGCAUCAAGUAUUACGAGUGCUGCUGCUACGGCUGCCACCUUGGCACUCCCUGCAGGCGUGACUCCUGUUCAACAGAUAUUCACGAAUUCAGGUCAGCUUCUUCAGGUGGUUCGAGCAGCCAAUGGUGCCCAGUAUAUCUUUCAACCUCCUCAGUCAGUUGUUCUACAACAACAAGUUAUACCACAGAUGCAGCCUGGUGGAGUACAAGCUCCUGUUAUCCAGCAGGUCCUAGCCCCACUUCCUGGAGGGAUUUCACCACAGACAGGUGUCAUCAUCCAGCCACAGCAGAUCUUAUUUACAGGAAAUAAAACUCAGGUCAUCCCUACUACAGUGGCAGCACCCACACCAGCACAAGCACAGUUACCUGCCCCUGGCCAGCAGCAGCCACAGGCCCAGCCUGCUCAGCAGCAGGCUCCAUUGGUGCUGCAGGUUGAUGGAACAGGGGACACAUCAUCUGAGGAAGAUGAAGAUGAGGAAGAAGACUAUGAUGAUGAUGAAGAGGAAGACAAAGAGAAAGAUGGAGCUGAAGAUGGGCAGGUGGAAGAAGAGCCCCUCAACAGUGAAGAUGACGUAAGUGACGAGGAAGGACAGGAACUGUUUGACACAGAAAAUGUUGUUGUGUGCCAAUAUGAUAAGAUACACAGAAGUAAAAAUAAAUGGAAAUUUCAUCUCAAGGAUGGCAUUAUGAAUCUUAAUGGAAGAGAUUAUAUAUUUUCCAAAGCAAUUGGAGAUGCAGAGUGGUGAAGAGUUGCUUCUUUCCUUUUAUAAGUAAGACAAAAGAAACUUUAAAAGUUAAAAUGGACGGUUUGAAACUUGGGACAUAUAUCAACCAAACUUCACUUCUGCAUGUCAGAACAGCGCAGUAGACGCCAAGCUACUGGAACACAGCUAGACCUUGACAACAUAGACACUACUAACCGGCAAGCCAUGGAGCUGUAGCACCUGGGGUUGUUGGGCGGGGGGAGGGGUUGUGUAGGAAACUGUAACUGUCGAUUUUAAAUACAGGAACCUGCCAUUGGUAAUUAGCAUGUAAAGCUUUGUUUAUAUUACUUUCUCCAAGUUUGGCUCAGUCAGAAGAUACUUGUUGGAAUGAUCUGAAGAAAUUUCCCUUUUGAUAGAUUGAACUGAAACUGCUUAUUGUAUGUGGUUAUAUUUGGUACAAAUUGCGUGUGAACUUUUUACAGAAGGGCAAGAAUUAUGGUGUUGAAUUUUAAUUCACUGUGUAAGAAGAUUUAAAACUCAUAAUAGGUCUUAAACAUUUUUACUUGUUACUCUCCCUCAGUAAUACAUACCUCUUGCUUCCCUGCUGUCUGAAACAUCUACUUUAGAUUUAAAGAAAGGAUCAGUGGUCAUGGUUUGGAAACAAAGUCGACCCAGGAAUGGAGGCUUGUUUUAAUUAGGUUUUCAUACUUGUUAAAUGUAACUUAAAGACUUGGGUCUUACCUGUGUUGAGUAGAAUUAAAGUGACAGCUUGAUUUCCAUAUAGAAAAACUGUACUCAGUCACAUACUUUAAGAGACCCCAAAUUGGCUCCUCAGGAAUAUGUUUAUUCACAAAGGUACCACCGAGCUGAAAUUGUACAGUACACCCGAUAUGUGAAGGUUUUUCUUGUUGGGCUGCAGCGUGUGCUUAGCUGUUCAUUUAGUCUUUAUGUAACACUGAGAUGGCAUUCUGUACAUCGAUCUAAGAAGCAUAAGGGCAGGUGGUGAGGACUGGAUUUUUAUUAAACAAUUUAGUAAUUAUAAAAGUUUCUUGUGUUUCCUAGUAAAGAAUUUUAGAAAUUAUUUUAAUUGAACAAAUUUUUUAAAACACUUUGUAAUUUGAGGGGAAUGCUUGGGGGUGGAGGGGGUAAAGGGAGGUGGGCCACUAAAUACAAAUUUACCUCUCUUUCAUUGGGUAGCCCUUCCAGGCCAUUGAUGAUCUAGACUUGGGCUCCAGUUUGCACAUUGGAAAGAAAGUAUAGAGAUUUGACUUGUAUAUUAAAAACUCUAGAUCUUCGCUGUAUGUGAUGAGAAUGUGUAGCUCUGGUUCGUUCCUGUAAGGGGCUCUCAACGGUGUGGCGCUGCAGUGGGUCAGCUUCCUGGGAACUGCAGGAAUGCUCACUCACCUUCUCUCCUAGUGACUAACAACAUUUGAUUCAAGUUACCUUGCCUGUUGGUUCUUUUGUCUUCCAAUUUUGUCUUCCUUUAAUUUGACUUUAUGUAGUUCCAGAAGUAACAGAUGAACUAAAUAUAUUACAAAAGAAAAACUGUGAGUUAUAUAUAUAUAUAUAGUGCUUCUUUAAAGCACAUAUUUUUAAAUUUCUUAAUGCAAUUGAUUCCCCUUCCCCACUUAGCACCCCACUGAACCAGUUUAUGUUGUGGAAUUCGGUAUCAGUGGUGGUGUCUUAACAUGAUAGUAGUUAGAUUUUGCUUUAUCCCAUAACUGGUAAUACAGUUUCUUGUUCUGUUAUUAAUACAGCCUUUUGGGGAAACUUUCUUUCUUCUCUGUUCUCAAAGCACAUGCAGUUCUGUUUAAUUUUAACACUUGGAGUACAGAGGGAGUAAAAUCCCAUGAGUUCUGUUCUCAGUUGUCCCUCGGUAUAGUUUGUAGAAGAUUUGUGUUUAUUCAGUGAACAGUGAGGAACUACCUAUGGCAGUGAGCAGUGUUGCUUCAGUGAAACUCGGGCUCCCCAGUAGCUGUUCUGCUACUGAAACUCAGCACAUGACCCUGGGCUCUCUGUGUAGUCAAACAUAUUGAAGGUUAGCAUUGUACACAGGCUUGUUUUUUCAAACAUGAACAACCACUUCUUUCAGAGUGACACAUAGGGUUGUUUUGAAGCAGGAAGUAACCAUUUGUAUCUACACCUAUUGUAUUGCCUAUUAAUGGUGGCCUCCUGGAUAAAUGCUUUUAUAUGUGAAAAAUUCUGAAAGCUGGUUCAAACAACCCUGCACACCAGGUUGUGCUCUUAUACGCUGUUAUAGUGUGUUCCUUUUAAAAUCAAGUAGCGUGUUGUGUUUUUUUAAUUACACUAGCUUUUGCUAUGUAAAUGUCACUUGCUUUGAAUUCUUAAUCAUGUUUUGCCAUUACAUUUAACAGAUGAUGUCAUUAGGUUCUAUUAAAAUGUCAUUCCUUUGGAAAGGCAAGGGGAUCCCACUUGCAGAAUUUUAAGUAGCAUGUUUAUCCAAAAAGUGGAUAUAGUUGAGACUUGGGAAUCCUGAAGUAGGGUGUUUUCAGAAGAUGAUCUGUUUAGAUUUGUAUCAGUAGUGAUGGCACCUUUUGCAUAACAUCAUACCAGUAGUGCUAAGGUAAAUUUACACAGAAUGACGGAAGUGGAGAUGUGUGCCUUCCGGUGUCUGAACUCUUGCCUGUGUCAUUUGUACUCUCAGACCACGGGAAUGCCCGAGAGCACGUGCGAUGUCUUAGAGUGACAGCUUUGUCACGCGCGGUCUGUGCAGGCAAAUGUGAUAGGAGGGGAUCUUGAUGUUGGGCGUUUAUGUUUGAAGUGUGCACAUUUCUGUUGACUCCGCAUCACAUUUACACUGUUGCCUUUAAGUCACGCAUGGACAGUGAUUGAAAUGUGUUUGGACAAACCUAACAGAGUCUGGCUUUAGAAAACAGUGUAAAAUAUACUAGUUUUUAUAUAGAGGCUUUCUUUCUUGUAUUGAAAAUCUAGGAGUUUUCUUUUGGUGGCUUGUCUGGACGAAUGCAGAGUUGUCUCCCUCUGAGAAUAUUUUUUUUAUUAUCUUAUAGCAAUAAUGUCACCAUAUUAGAGGGUAAGUAUUCCUUGUAUAAGAAAACAGACAUAUCUCCUCUUAGCAACCCCCUUAUAACAGCGUUUUCUUCCACUUGAGAAAGUUCUUAAAUUCUCAGAUUACUUCAUCUUGAACUGAGCUUUUGUGCAAUGUGCUAUUUUAUUGAUCUUUGUACAUUUUCAUUUUGUGUUUCCUGCCUACCUGUUUGAAUCAGCUGUAGCAGAUACUGAUUUUUUGUUUUAAAAAUGGUUGUUUUGUUGUGUUUUCUCAUGUGUUUACCGUUAGGCUUGGACUUUGAUCUGUUAUCCCUAUGGAAAUGAUCCUGGUUUGUAGUCUUCCCCCUGGAAACCUGCCUCUGUCUUUUCUUUGUCAUCUUUCCUGCAUGCAUGAUUUAAGGAAGAAUGCAUCUUUUUUCUUUCUUUCUUUCUUUUCUUUUCUUUUCUUUUUUUCUUUUUUUUUUUUUUUUGCUUAUUUUGAGGAACAAAAGCUUCCCUUUUGAGGAGAGAACAAAACAACAUUGAAUCAACAAUUACUCCUUCAGCCAAGCUUCCUUAAAUCAGGCUGGUAUGCAUCGGGGAGGGGAGGGUUAAUCCCUAGCUUUUUGGAGCUACUAUUGUCGACUGCUGUUGUACAUACUGUUAUGUGUAAGGGCGUAAAUAUAUUUAUUAUGUUUGUAAAAUUCAUUCUGUACACUUGCAGAUCAAGGUUGCUCUUCUGUGAUAUGGGUUGUUAGGUUUUAAAGACCAUCUUGGAAUACAAUUAAAGAGCUUAGUAUUUUGAUGUACUAAGACCUAUUUUAAGUUUAAUAUUUUACCUUGCAAAAACUUUAAUUAAAGAUGUUAUUUAAAAAAAGUAAUGUUGCUUGCUUUGCUUACUAGUCUAUGACAUUGGCAUAUGGACAGCUGACUAAAACCAUACAGUUUAGACAGGAAAAGUUAAACAAAAAUAGGGAUAUGGUUAAAUUCUGUACCCUUAGUUAAAUUCUGUACCUUUAAGGUAGUGGUUUUGGGAUGCCAGACUGAAUUGUUAAACUGUCUUAGAUAUCUUAAGCGCUUUUAAAAGCUGUGUUUUCCAGGCACAGAGGUAUUUAGGAUGGGUAAAUUCACACCAACUAAAUGUAAAUUAAGGUUAAUAUAAUUAACAUUGUAUUGGAAGAGUAUUUCUACUCAAAAGCUUAGAUUGCUUAGGAUGAAGUUACUAAGAACAUCAUUUCAUUUCUUUGUCUGGCUAAACUGUUUUCUCUCAGUUCAGAGUUUGUAAAUAAUUGCUUAUUAGGAGAUUUGGAUUAUUGAGGUUUGUAUUACAUAUUGAAUAUAUUUUGUGUUACUUUAGAAGAUAUUAAAUUACUAGCAGUAUUUUGAUUUUAUAGUUAAUUCAAAUGAAUCAUUAAGAGCUUGCCUUUUGUAAUUUUUUAUCCUGUUAUAAACUACUUUAUCUAAGGAAACAUGCAGAUUUUAACUAUUAAAUAAUCAUAAUAAAGAUAUUUUAUUUAUUGCCAGCA